AUGAAAACCCGAUUAUUGUUCUUGAUUUUUCCUCUCGGAUGCGUGGCUGUGUUCCCGAAUUUUGGCAUGAUUCCUGGUUUCUACCGUCAACCCAGCCAACCCCCACCACCGAUUCCCCAACCUCAAUCUCAUUCAUUUAUCGAUCAGAUCAAACAGUAUAAUAAUGUUGAAGACAGUUUGGAUGCUGGAAUGGCUCAAAAUUAUCUCAGCAAUGCUCCAUAUAUGGAACAAGAGACUGAAGAUUGUACUGCACUUCCAAACAGAACAAAUUCAAUGCCUCACGUUUUUCAAUGUGAUCUUGACGAGGAUGAUAAUUCACUCUUUAUCAUUCACAAUGCUGCGGUCACAAAUUACACGGGAGACACAAGAUAUCCAGUGGAUUUCACCUCUCCGAUCAGAAUUUUCUUGGAUGUGACGAGUCGAGUGAAUAGGAGAUUUGAUAAUCUUGGUGUUGAUGUCUCGUUAUACAAGCGCUCAACGGGAUGGUUUGGAUGUGGAUGGCUUUUCAUUCCUAGUUUCACUCUAUUAAAUAAUGGAGAUGUUUGUGAGGAGAAUCAGUCAUGUCCUUUGGGUAGAGGACGACAAGUAUUGGAGUUACCCCUAGAUCCACAAAAACUCUUCACGAGAUUCUUUCGGAUGUUUCACAAUGAUAUGCAAGCUUAUCAAUUGGUGCUUCGUGUUCGAGACAAUUCUCGUCCCUUCAAUGACCUCUUUUGUGCAACGAUUCAAACACGAAUCUCUUUUGAUUAU